AUGUGUGUAACUAACACCACCAGCCGUAGGCCACCGGCGAUUGCCUUGGCGCCGGAGAUGGUGGCCAACUCCUCUUCUAUGCUGUCUCAGCGGCUUUUUGGCAAUUUGUUCCCCACCGUAGAGACCGGAGCCAACGCCGCUUGUGCUCCUCCCGCUAUCCAGGCCGAACAACCCGUCAACAACUAUGCUUGCAACUACUUCAACAAUACUAGUGUUACUAUUGAGCCAAAGGAGGAGAAGCCACGCCCAAAGCGUCGCCGCAAGCCCCAAAAGCCAGGAAAGACCGCCAAGCAGAACGAUCGUCACUUUGUCGUCCACAAUUACCACGACCACGCAAACGAGCCAGAUGAGAACGAUGACGAAGAAGAACCACACCGCCGUCGUGGUGGCGUCUCAAUCGCUUUUCCUUUGAAGCUCCACGCUGUCCUUGAUCAAGUUGAGGCUGAUGGCCUCGGCCAUGUCAUCUCGUGGCAACCACACGGAAGGAGCUUUGUCGUUCACAAGCCCAAGGAAUUCGUGGACCAUGUUAUGCCCAAGUACUUCCGUCAGACGAAGCUCACCUCAUUCCAGCGCCAACUGAAUCUCUAUGGCUUCUCUCGUUUGACACGCGGUGGCGACGCCGGCGGUUACUACCAUGAACUCUUCCUCCGCGGCAAGCAAUACCUUUGCAAGAAGAUGAUCCGCACCAAGGUCAAGGGAACCAAAUUCAAGGCCGCAAGCAGCCCAGACAGCGAACCAGAUUUCUACAAGAUGCCACCCGUCGUCGUGACACCACCACACUCGAUCGACGAGGAAUACUCCUAUGCUUCCAGCUCUCAGCAGGAGCAACUCCCAUAUGCUAUGGCCCCAGUGGCAGCGGCACCCGUUCAAGCCUAUGAUCCUCUUCCAGUCUCCUUUUCCAACAUGGUCGCUCAAGCACCAGUCGCCGAUACUCGUGUUGUUUACGAAGCCGCUCCCGCCUCCAUCCCAUACGCAGCUAUGCCUGAAUCCAUCCACUCUGUACCCGAGAGAAACUAUGCCGAUCAGGUUUUGGAUGAAGCCGUGGAUGAACUUUUCCUCCAAGAAGCUCUCAUGGAAAAUGAAUCGAGCAUCGCUCCCUGGGACGCGAGUAGUUUUGGGGAUGAUGCCUCCUUGCAAGAUGAGCAGUUGGGCAUGCUUUUGGAACAGCUCUUGGAAGAGUAG